AUGGAAGACGUCUCGGCGCGGAUAGCGGAUAACAUCCAAGCUGCAUCGAUAUACGGUCAGCGAUCCCAUGGGUUUGGACCGACAGCUCAACACCAUCUUGACGGCCUUGACGGACUCGACUCGGACACUGCAAGCAUCUCUACGGAUGUCGUGAAUCCAGAACGGGCAAUCAUAGAAGAGAGACGAAAACGCCCGGCGCUACCUCCUAUUCCAGACCUGCGAUUUCAACAGAGCUAUCUUGCGAGUAUCUCAAAGGCUACGAGCUGGCAGCAUGUUGCUUGGAUUACACUUAGAGAUCAGAUGAUAUUACCUCUCCUGCAAGGGACAUUAUGGACGCUUGCGCUGUCUGGAUGGCGGCAUUGGACUCGCGGAGCUCGGGCUAGCGGGAGAGCAACCGGCCUGACUUUACGCCAGCUAUGGUUCAAGUUGACGAACGGGAAGAUGCCGGAGCUGCGAUUGUAA